AUGCUUUGGACUCUACGCUCACUUCCUCGAGCAUGCCGCUCACCGCGCCGCCCAUUUUCCUUCACCGCACAUCCUCGCUUUCCUCGCACAACUUCUCAUAGCACUCCCCCGGUCCCUGUGUUCAGGAAAGAGCUCACGAAAACCCAGCCGUUGCCAGCUUUCGCCGAUGCCGUGCGCGAGGCUUCACACAUACGCAACCAGGUGCUGUUCACCAUCGCCGGAAGUGUAACCGCGCUUGUCAUCGGCGCGCAACUUACCAACCUGGAGAUGGCGGAGUGGCUCAUCAAGCUGCGCAACAAACCUUUGGAAGUCCUGCUUCAGUCGGAAAACGUCUCCUCGGAUUCCAUCGCUGCGCAGAAGUAUCGCGCCUUUGGCAAAGUUUUGAUUGCUGGUUUGGCGAAGCUCAAGGCUGACAUCGAGGGCUUCCCUAAAUCUGUCAAAGCAUUGAUCUCUUACGGCUAUGUGCAACUCUUCCAGCCUAUUCUCAACGCCUCCGAAGGGAAGCGUAUGGCUUGGACGAUUGGGGCGGUCAAUGUCGCCGUGUUCUUGGCCUGGCGUGUCCCGCGUUGGAAUGCGCUAAUGCGCCGAGCUUUCGUGCACGUUCCGCUGUCAGGCAAGUCGUACACGAUGCUCACGAGCACAUUCAGCCAUGAAAGCUUCCUCCAUCUCGCCGCCAACUGCUUCGUUCUUGGGAGCUUCGGCGCAUCAGCCGCCUACUACCUAUGGGAGCAGGCUAAGGCCAACCAGACCAAGGGCGGUAUCACCCUACCUGAAGUGUCAUCCAAGUGGCAUCUCCUAUCGCUCUUCAUCUCAGCUGGAUUGUUCUCCAGUUUGGUGUCCCACGUCGGGCACACACGCUUCGCGUUCGCGCGCGUGUUCAAGAGCCUCAAGACCGCUGCCUCCGAAACCACGUCCACGUCCACUUCCGCCUUUUCUAGCCUCCGGUCGAGACUGGCCGGCAGACGCGGCGCGGAAUCCGCGCGCGCGGCGGCUGGAAGCGACGUGAUACCCGGUUCCCUCGGCGCCUCGGGCGCGAUCUAUGCGCUCGUGACGAUGACUGCGCUCGCGUACCCGAACUCGGAGAUUUACCUGCUGCUGUUGCCGAUGAUGCCCUUCACCAUGUCCACUGGCGUCUGUGGUAUGGUCGCGCUCGACGUCAUUGGCGUCCUCCGCGGAUGGCGGUUCCUCGACCACUACGCCCACCUUGGCGGGGCUGCCUUCGGCGCCUUCUGGUGGUGGAUCGGACCAGACUUUUGGCACUGGCUCCGCGUCAAGGAGCUUCCCCUCACGAUUGCGAUCACGAAGCUCUGGAGCCAGUGA